AUGUCACCAACAGAAGUUAUUUAUGAAAAUUAUGUUGAAAAGAUUCAUAAAGUUCUAAUAACAGCAGAAGAAGAUAGCAAUAGGUGGUUGCCAAUAGAAUCCUUAGGGAUCAUAAAAAAUUUAUUUAUUGCAAUGCUUACUACAAGAACGGCUCUUCAAGAACUUGACAAAAAAAAAUUUGUUUACUAUAAAACUGUUUUCCAACGCUUUAUGAGGAUAACGCCUGUCUUAGCUCUUGUCAUCCUAUUUAAUAUGAGUUUGGCAUAUGCUCUAUUCAAUGAAUCUUCUAGCACCCUUUUAGAAUUUUCGGUGCAAAAAUGUCAGAAAUAUUGGUGGUCAACAUUACUUCAUUUACAAGUUUACACAAACCCACACAAGCUUUGUAUGCACACCACUUGGUAUCUUUCCGUAGAUUUUCAAAUGACGAUACUGGUUGCGCCGAUUCUUGUAUAUCUUUUGUGGAAAUAUGGACAAAAUGUUAUAAUUCUCAUAAUUGGUCUUAUCUUGAUGUCCUCAGUUUAUGUUUAUCAAAAGGCUAUCGAAUCAAACAUCAUCGUAAAACAGAAUGAUUUCUUGGACGAUUUCAAUGGAGAAUUUAUGACGACAUUUUAUUAUCCAACUCAUGUCAGAGGAAUAGUUUAUCUAAUUGGAAUUAUUUUAGGAUAUUGUUUACAUAUGAAGAAUGAGAUUUGUAUGCCGAAAAGCAAGAUAUUUCAAUCAUCAUUUGUAAUCUCAGUGUUGAUCAUAAUUAUGGGGCCAACUUUCAUCUCAUACAUUUAUGAUUUACUAGGAGAGAAUAUAGCAUUGAAUGCGUUAUUUUUCACAUCUGUGCGAAUCAUUUGGGGUACAGCAACAGCUUUGAUAAUUUUUGUUUGUCAAAUAGGAAAUGGUGGUGUCAUCAAUGAAAUAUUAUCAAAGAAAUUUUGGAUUCCUUUUGGAAAAAUCGGUUUGAGCUUUUAUUUGGCUCAUCCCGUGCUUCAAUAUAAUAUCAUUUCAUUCAACAAUAAUGAAUACAACAUUGAAAGUAUUUCAAUGAUGACAAUUUACAUUGCUCAAGAUAUUUUUCUAGCACUAUUAGUAUCCGUUACGUUUUAUUUAACUGUUGAGGAGCCAUUUUAUUUGAUUGGAAAGCUUAUAUCAGAAAAGUUCAUUGUCAAAGAAAAAUUCAAAGAAUUUUAA